UUUUGCCUUUAUAAUGUAUAUAAUAUGAACAGAGAGCCUAAAUAUUACGACUCUCCUGUUAUCCUAGUUAUAGGAAUGGCUGGUUCUGGUAAAACCACUUUACUUCAGCGCUUAAACGCCCAUCUUUGUUCGGCUAGAAAAAGGCCUUACGUUUUAAAUUUUGAUCCCGCUGUACACACCGUUCCUUACCCUGUUAACAUAGAUAUUCGGGAUACAGUAAAUUAUAAGGAAUUAAUGAAGCAGUAUCAAUUAGGACCUAAUGGCGCUAUUAUUACAUCCUUAAAUCUGUUUUCUACCCGAUUUGAUAAAGUAUUAGAAAUUGUAGAAAAACGACAGCAAGAUACUGAUUUCUUUUUAUGCGAUACUCCAGGACAAAUUGAAAUAUUUACCUGGUCAGCUGCGGGAGCCGUUAUCACCGAAGCCUUUUCAACCUCGUUUCCUACUUUGAUUGCUUUUGUCAUAGACACUCCUCGUUGCACCAGUCCAAUAACUUUUAUUUCUAAUAUGUUAUAUGCUUGCAGCAUUUUUUAUAAAACCCGGUUACCCUUAAUUCUUGUAUUUAAUAAGUGCGACAUUGCCGACUUUGAAUUUGCAGUUGAGUGGAUGACAAAUUAUGAAUCUUUUCAAGAUGCCAUUGAAAAAGACACCUCAUAUAUGGCGUCUUUAGCUAAAUCACUAAGUUUAACUUUAAAUGAAUUUUAUCAAAAUAUGAAUUUUGUUGAUGUAUCUGCUGUCACUGGCUCUGGAAUGGAUCGUUUUUUUUCAAAAGUAGAACUUGCUGUCACUGAAUUCAGAGAAGUUUAUCUUCCUGAGCUGGAACGCCUCAAGAAGCAUAAAUUGCAGAAGCAAAAAGAGCUGGAGGAAGACGCAUUAGAAAAAAAUUUGGGCAAGGCAGCUCUUGUGUUUCGCUCGAAAGGAAAUUGUGAAGAUAAUGACAUCGAAAGUAGCUGUAGUGAUUCCUGUCAAUCAGAUUCUGAUUCAGAAAUAAGGAAGAAAGAAAAUUAAGAUUUUUUGCAAAAGCAAAAAUAUGUUAAUUAAUAAAAUUAUCAAG